AUGGAGUUUAUAAGCAGCAGCAGCAGCAAAGCAGAGGUGAUGAGGAAAUCGUCGUCGAGGUUCAAGACAGUUUGCGUCUUCUGCGGCAGCAGUAGCGGGAAACGAGAUUCCUACCGUGACGCUGCUCUCGAACUGGCCCAGCAACUGGUCUCAAGGAGGCUGGACCUUGUGUACGGAGGAGGAAGCAUUGGGUUGAUGGGUUUGGUCUCCCACGAGGUCCACCGUGGAGGUCGACGCGUCCUAGGGUACGUACGUAUGUACGUAAUGUACGUACAGCUAACUGGGGAAACUAUUGGGGAAGUGAGAGCAGUAGCAGACAUGCACCAGAGGAAAGCUGAGAUGGCUCGACAUUCCGACUGUUUCAUCGCCUUACCAGGAGGGUAUGGUACUUUGGAAGAGUUGCUAGAAGUCAUAACAUGGGCCCAGCUUGGAAUCCACGACAAACCCGUGGGUUUGCUUAAUGUGGAGGGCUACUAUGAUUACUUGCUGACUUUCAUCGACAAGGCCGUGGGCGAUGGCUUCAUCCACCCGUCUCAACGGUCCAUCAUCGUCUCUGCCCCAAAUGCCAAACUACUUCUCCACAAACUUGAAGAGUACGUGCCAGUACAUGAUGGAGCGGUGGCGAAGGCCAAGUGGGAAGCAGAACAAUGCUUACUUGCACCCUGAAGUGGAUCGUUAAAAACUAAUUAAGUAGCCCGUGAUGACCAAAUUCAUGAAUUAAAUGUAUAUAUUGUUAUGUAAUGUAACUAUGUUUUCAUUUUAUUCUAUUACCAUCGUGUUAUGUG